UUUCUUUUUUUUUUUUUUUUUUUUCUUCUCAAUCUUCCCAAUAGUUCGAAUCUAAACUUCUCCACCGGUUCUAAACACUAGAACUUUUGAAAGCCCUCCACAAUGCGGCUCUGGUCCUUCGUGGUGGGCAUUUUGGGGCUGGUGACCUGCACGCUCGGCCAAAUUAUCAAUUACACUCCUUCCCAUGGAACUGGGGUAUCUUACCGCGUCAAUAUCCCCGAUGACACGGCAGUGAAUGGCAGUGGGCCAAUCUAUCUCCAGCUGAAAGGGCCCGGGGAUUUCAAAUGGAUGGCUCUAGGCACUGGAGAUAGGAUGUUGGCUGGAAACUUGUUUAUUGUGUAUGCCGCACCGGGCGGGAACAUUACCCUAUCUACGCGGAGGGCAAUCGGUCCCAUUCAACCUAUCUAUGAUCCGGAUAUCAAGGCCUCGCUUCUCGACGGGUCCGGUGUCCACAAUGGAACCAUGACAGCAAACAUUCGCUGUGACAAUUGUAUGAAAUUGAGAAAUGGAGACAGCAUCUUCGGCAGCCGUAGUUCCUGGAUCUGGGCCAUGACACAUGGUGGACCGUUGCUCUCGAGCAACGUAUCAGAGACACUCUACCAGCACGAUUGGCACGGCAUCUUCUCCCUUGAUCUAACCCUGGCCGUCGGUGGCAACUCGUCCAAUCCAUUCUCGAGCUCGGAUUUCACCGUUGUUGACUAUACCUCGACGUCGAAUCAACAGCAAGUCAAUGAUACGAUUCUCCACCGCAAACGAAUCGCUCACGGCGUUAUGACUUCGGUUGCUUUCGUCCUUCUAUUCCCCGGAUUCGCUCUUCUCCUCUACAUAUAUCCGUCCCGGUAUACCGUUACGAGGAUUCACGCGCCGCUGCAGCUGUUUGCCGUUCUUCUUGCAUUAGCAGGGCUUGGAGCUGGAAUUUCCGUCUCCCAGGAUCUUCGAGAACUUGCAGGCUACCACCCCAUCAUUGGCUACUUCGCAAUUGGUGGAGUGGUCUUAAUUCAACCCGUUCUAGGUAUCAUGCAACACCGCCACUUCCGAAAGACAAAAGAAAAAUCUUUGUACGGAUUCUCCCAUCGCUGGCUGGGACGCAUCUUCUCGUCCGUGGGCAUUAUCAACGGUGGAGUAGGAUUCUACUACGCAUAUGGCAAAAACCCGGACAUCCCUCCUGCUUCCCCGAUUUCCUACGGCGGCAUUAGCGGUGGUGUUGGGAUUAUAUACGUCAGCGUGAUCGCUUGGCGCAGAUGGAGGGAUCGGGUCCAAGCUCGAAAAGCCUUACCUCCCAAAACGCUUAAAACCAUGGCUUCCUUCAAAUCGACGAAGAGCCUGGCCGAGAGUUCCAUGAGUCAAGAUCCCGAACGGCUUGAUGUAGUAGACCUCUCCCAGGAGAAACCGUGGCAGCCAUGAUAAGACUGUCAUACACGUUUUGACGAUUGUUAUCAAUGUUAUUCCCUAGCGAGGAGUGUGGUUGGGUCUUUGCGUUGUUGGAGUUCUGUCGCGGCUUCCUGUUCUGCCCCCUUCUUGUUUUCUCAAUUUUUUUUUGUCAGUCUACAUCCUGUCUAUGUCUUUCCUAUCUCUUUACAUAAUCCUGCCAUUCUCUUGUAUGCAAUCCUUCGUUGUAUAUUACUUAAGAGACUCGUGAAGGAACCCUAAUAGAGGUUGAUUGAUCCUUG